GAACGCACUUUUGCGAUUGUGGACUAAUGGCUGCUGGUAGUGGCUAGGUGUUAGGUUUCUGCUGUGAAAGUUAAGUGUCAGUGGGAUUUAUCUCAUUCAAAAUGAAGCGUGACUAACUUUAAGGUAAUUUUCUAUGAUGCAGUCCAUUGUUUGGACUGGGAGGCUACUGUCUCGUGCCUUGUGGAAUGGAAUUUCUAAUUAUUCGAAUUGUGCUGAACCGAACGUGAACAGAAAGCGUGAGUCCCGUAUAGUUUCUGCUGUAUGUGGAUUUCCGAAAGAAUUGGCUCAUGCAAGGUUUAAAAAAGGACAGUUUGGUGAUGAUGCUUGGUUUACAGCCAAAUAUAAAUCGGCAGACGUUAUUGGUGUUGCAGAUGGUGUUGGUGGCUGGAGGCAUUAUGGAAUUGAUCCGGGAGAGUUCUCAGCAUUCUUGAUGCGAACGUGUGAACGAUUGGUGUCUAGUGGGAGAUUCAUUACAACAGAACCUGCAGGCCUUCUUGCAAGAAGCUAUUAUGAGCUACUUGAGAGCAAGCAGCCAAUUCUAGGUAGCAGUACUGCAUGUGUUAUUGUGCUGAAUCGAGAAACAAACAUGGUCUACACUGCAAAUAUUGGAGAUAGUGGCUUUGUAAUUGUUCGCCAUGGAGAGGUGGUUCAUCGUUCUGAAGAACAGCAACAUUAUUUCAACACACCUUUCCAGUUAUCUCUGCCACCCCCUGGCCACAGUGGCUUGGUGCUUAGUGACAGGCCAGAAUCAGCUGAUACAUCAAACUUCAAAGUGGAGGAUGGUGAUGUCAUACUUCUAGCAACGGAUGGAGUGUUUGACAAUGUCCCCGAUCAGUUGCUGAUCACAGAGUUGAUAAAGGUUCAAGGUGAACGUGAUCCUACCAAGAUCCAGGGAGUUGCAAAUUCCAUUGCUUUAAUGGCAAGAAGCCUAGCAUUUGAUGGUAACUUUAUGUCUCCAUUUGCACAGAAUGCUCGAGAAAAUGGCAUUGAUGCUGUUGGUGGGAAACCAGAUGACAUAACAGUACUUCUAGCUACAGUGGCAAUAUGAAGACCAAGGUGGUUGUGUAGUAGUUCAUGGACAUUCUUUUGUAUAAUAGUUUCAUAAUUUUCUCAAGACCAGGAUAAUUGGUUAGUAAUUCAUCAACAUUCUUUUGUACCAUAGUUCAUCAUGUUCACAAUGUUAUGUUUUAAUUACUUUUUGAUACACUACAUGACAGUUUUCAUAUGGCCUAAGAUCUUGCACUUCUUCAUGGAGAUGCAUUUUAUGUGUAGUAGAAGGGUCAUUUGAAAAAUAAAAGCCAGGCACAAAAUUCAGCCACUUAAUUAAAAGAUGGGGUACACCCAGCUGUCAUGCUAUGGUAUAUUUAUGUAGACACUUGCUGGCGUGAGGAGAUUAUUAUUUCUCAUUAUGUACAUAGUUAUUUUGUCAGCAAUCAUUUUGAUGGUUGGAUUCUUUUGGCCAUCGCCAUUGAUAUUCUUGACAUUGCGCCUGUCAAACUUUUUCUUUUUAAAUCUUGGUAUGCGUGUGAAUGCUAGUAUGCAAGAGGUCAUCAUUACGGAGAAUGACUUCUUAUAAGAUUGAAGUGAUGUAGUAGUGCUAGGUAAAAGUCCACAGUAGUACACUCAGCAACUUCAUUCCAAGACAUGAAGGUGUAUCAUGAAGAAAUUCCAUUGGAUGAUAUUGCACUAAAGAGAGUGUGUAGAAGAAAAUAAACUGGUGGUUAAAGAACUCUAUGACUGACAUCCUGAAGUGAUGACAUCUAGUCUUUCAACAAAACCACAUCUCUGAGAACACUGUUAGUACUGGAAGGCUGACUGAAGUAUCAAGAGCUAUAAUUGUUAAAUUAUUAAUGAUUAUAAUUACUCCUUUUAAUACCUUGCUUCAUUUGCUGACUUAAAAUUAUUUUCAUACUUGUUACUGAAAUUGUCCAAUGUGAUUUAUUUUCAUACGGCCGCUUUUGGUGCUGUAGGAAUAGCCAGUUGUUAAUGUUGUGAGCAGCAUUAUCAGUUUUGAAGUUGCUCAGCUAGUGAAAGCUGAAAUGAAUUGUGUUUCUUUUUUUUUUUAAGAUGGCUGUUCCAGUGAACAUUAUGGUCAUGCAUUGUCAGUCUCUGAAACUAUUAAAAAAAUCGUUUAUUCCAGAAACCAAAUGAGAACCAUACAUGCAUCAUUAUUCAUUUUUAGGGAUAUCAAUUGAUAUACAUGAUUUGGUGUGGUAUCAAGGAAAAUAUUUUAGGGCUAAUACAAAAAGAAACAUCAGAGGUGUCAAAGCACAACACUGUUUAACUUAUUCCAGGCAGAGUAAGACGUGUUGAGCCUGAAAUAUAAGUUUAUCUGCACUUUGAUAUGUGCAAGAUGAAGUAAUCUCCAAAGUAAGUGGUCUGAGAGAAAAAUACUAAUUUGCAUACCAUUUUCCCAUAAGUGGGAUUUCUUAACUUGUUUUAUAGUUCAUUUGUGUGGAUGAUGAUACUGUACUAUUAGGAUUUUCAUGAACUGCUUUUUUCCCUCUAAAAAUGUUCAGCAACGCCAUUAGAAAGUUACUGACACAACUACCAGUAUUUUGGAGGAGUGUGCUGCCUCCAUCUUCACGAUAGAAGGAACUACACAGUGUCACAACUCACUGGAUGACACUAAAUUUUCACUGCCAUGGAAACCUCAUAUCUGAUAAGCAAACAUUAGUUUUGUGAUGAUUAGUACCUGCAUUAUGAAUGAAAGAACAAGAGAAGGUACUUGUAAGCUUGCAGGAUGAUUUGUGAUAAAUGUGAAUGUGAUAUGUUGAUAUGGAAAUCAUUGUCAGUUGAUAUCCCUAUUUAUUUUGUUGUAACAGCUUUUCCCCUAAGCUUCAAUAAAAGAAGAAUCCAUA